AAUUUGUCACUGAAACUAAUUGACCGUGAAUUUGUGAACAUCGGAACCGGAACAGAAUUUUCAGGUUAGGUUUGGAAGUUGAAGCCGCGAAAGUGACAGCUAGAAACGAGAGAAAUGAUUUUUAAAUUUAAAUUGACUACAAAUGUAGCACAAAUCUGUUAAAAAUUAUUUAUCUGAUGUCUCAAAUCUCACAGUAACAAUGAGAUAUUAAGGAUAUAAAUUCAUGGCGUUUGUUUUGUGAUAAUUUUGCUAUUUUAGUUUACUUAACCUCUACGUUAGUAUUUGUGUUUAUCAUUAAUUAUAAUUAAUAUAUAACAAUUAAAAAGAGUCUGAGAACGAAACUAGACCAAAAUGAGGAAUUUUCUGUAUCAGAAAUGUUCUGUUAUAUUAAUGCUUUUAUGCAUUUCUCGUGGAAAUACAUUCAGUGAUACGUUCGACGAGGAAUUGAUGUUAAAACCACUCCCAAGUGGAUUCAUUUAUGCAUUUUUUCAAUUUACCACUCUUUGGGAGGCGCCAAAUACUUUGCAAACUUUGCAACAUUCACAUUUAUUCCCGAGAGGAUUAGGAGAAAUAUUAGGUCGCCAUAAAGUGGACGAAUUACAUUUUACCUUAACCGAAGGACUCUGGAGGUAUAAAAAAUGGGGGUAUCCCUUCGAGAAUGCUGGUCCAGGUGCCGAAAUUUCCUCAUGGUUCAAUCAAAACGUAUCAAAUGUUGACAAAGAAUGGAAAAGUCUAACGAAUUCUCUCGCGGGUUUAUUUUGCGCUUCUUUGAAUUUCGUAGAGCCUUUAAACACCUUAUCUCCUGAGUUUAGUAUGCCACCAACCAGCGCAUUAAAUCACAAGCCAAACUCAAGUUAUUUACGUUAUUCGACAUUACCGAGAGAAACUGCUUGCACGGAAAAUUUAACUCCGUUCAAAAAACUCUUGCCUUGUGACUCAAAGAAAGGACUGGCGACGUUACUGAAUUCCGCCUACAUUCACAAUACGAAUUACCACUCAAUCGGGAUUCAUUUUCGGUCAGUUUGUCGAAAUUCAGAGUGCACAAAAACUUCUCUUGAACUACGUCAAACAGUUUCACUCGUCUAUGAUUCUUUAGCAGAAGACUCUCAGGAUUGGUCUAUUCGUAAACUUUUUGGAACGGCACUUAGGGAUGCGUGUCCACUUGCGACUAUAAGUAACAUCUACGUGGAUAUAACGACCAAUAAAACGAUUCAUACUUACAAAUUAACACCAGAGCCAAAUGCCAAAGUAAGCAGUUUGCGAGGCGGGCAGAAAAAUAUGAUUGGAGUAUACGAUAUUAAAUCUUAUACUUCCAAAGGAAUUUUCAAUGUAGCCUCUUAUUAUAAUUCACCCAACUUCGAUACCAAAGGCUUUGUUCCUAUUUUAUUAGCUAGUCGAUACAUAAUCGGAUAUGGUCAACAAAAAGGUACUUUAGUAACAAAGUUGCGAAAUAAUCACUGGCAACCAUUAAACAUUAUACUUUUCGAAAAUAUUCCAUGGUAUUUGUCUUUAUAUUUACACACGGUGAAAUUCACUUCCAACGGUAAACCUAUUCAACCAUCCGUGAUUCGCAUCAGGUGGAUACUCUUGCCAUUUAAGAAACAGAUAAUCAAAAUCUAUCGAAAAUUUCGUUAUAGAAUGCGGUGUUUCAAUGCAUCGCGAGAAGGCUACUUGGUGCAACUGAGGACAGACGUUUUGUUAAUAAGUCUUCCAACCCCCGAUUUUAGUAUGCCAUACAAUGUUAUUUGUUUAGCUUGUACAGCCGUGGCAUUGGCUUUUGGUCCUCUGCAUAAUAUUUCUACAAAAAAACUAGUUUUAAAGAAAAUCCAAAAGACCUGGUGGAAAAAUAACAAGAUUUUCUCUUACUUCGCAAAAGAGAAGACGGAAUAGGCAAACAUUUUUUGGAUUUUAAAUCCAUGUAUUGUAUACCUUUCUGUUUUUACAUCGAAUUUUUAUUAGAACUGUAUAAUUCAA